UCCCCCUCUGUGCGCGUGCGUGUGUUGUUAUUGUGCCUCUUCCUCGCUCCCGUCAUCCCUUUCAGGAAGCUGCGCCGUCCUGCAAGCCGGUGGCUGGCUCAAGAUGGCGGCCGACAGUGAGCCGGAGUCCGAAGUGUUCGAAAUCACCGAUUUCACCACCGCCUCCGAGUGGGAGAGAUUUAUUUCCAGAGUUGAGGAAGUUUUGAAUGACUGGAAACUUAUUGGCAUUUCUUCAGGCAAAGUUUUGGAAAAGGGUGUAUAUACCACUGAAACAUGGGAGGAGAAAUCCGAUGAGAUUGCUUUUGCUGAUUUCCGAUUCUCAGUGACACAUCAUUAUCUUGUGCAAGACUCCAGUGACAAGGAUGCAAAAGAGGAACAAGUAGAAGAUAUUAUUCCAGUUGCUAUGCAAGACCUUCUGUGCAUGAACAAUGAUUUUCCUCCCAGAGCUCAUUGUCUAGUGAGAUGGUAUGGAUUGCGUGAAUUUGUAGUCAUUGCACCAGCAGCAAAUAAUGAUGCCGUUCUUAGUGAAUCUAAAUGUAACCUCCUUCUUAGUUCAAUUUCUAUUGCAUUGGGGAACACAGGCUGCCAGGUGCCAGUAUUUGUACAAAUUCAUCACAAAUGGCGAAGAAUGUAUGUCGGAGAGUGUCAAGGUCCUGGAGUUAGAACAGAUUUUGAAAUGGUUCAUCUUCGCAAAGUCCCUAAUCAGUAUACUCACUUAUCAGGAUUAUUGGACAUCUUCAAAUCUAAGAUUGGCUGCCCUUUAACCCCAUUACCUCCAAUCAAUAUAAGUAUUAGACUUACGUACGUACUUCAGGACUGGCAGCAAUAUUUCUGGCCUCAACAACCACCAGAUAUAGAUGCUUUGGUUGGAGGUGAAGUUGGAGGCCUCGAAUUUGGAAAGUUACCAUUUGGUGCUUGUGAGGAUCCCAUCAGUGAACUUCAUUUAGCAACUACAUGGCCUCAUCUAACAGAGGGUAUAAUUGUGGACAACGAUGUUUAUUCAGACUUGGAUCCUGUUCAAGCCCCUCAGUGGUCUGUGAGGGUCAGAAAAGCUGAUAACCCACAGUGUUUGUUAAGUGAUUUUGUCACUGAAUUUUUCAAACUGUGUCGUCGGAAAGAAUCGACUGAUGAGAUUCUUGGAAGAUCAGCAUUUGAAGAGGAGGGAAAAGAUGCUGACAUAAGCCAUGCAUUGUCAAAGCUCACAGAACCGGCACCUGUCCCGAUCCAUAAACUGUCUGUGACAAAUAUGGUUCACACGGCAAAGAAAAAGAUUCGCAAACACAGAGGUGUAGAUGAAUCACCAUUAAAUAAUGACGUCCUCAAUGCUAUUCUUUUGUACUUAUUCCCUGAUGCUGCUGACAAAUCGGCAGAUGGAUCUGAAGCCAGAACUAGUCCUUCAGCAGGAUGCCUCCUACCUACAGACAAUGAAGACUAUAACAUCUACAUCCAAUUCAAAUCUGCUCCUUCAGACAGCUUAACUUACAAACUGGCCCUUUGUCUUUGUAUGAUCAACUUCUACCAUGGUGGUGUCAAAGGAGUUGCACAUCUCUGGCAGGAGUUUGUCUUGGAAAUGCGCUACAGAUGGGAGAACAACUUCUUUAUUCCAGGGUUAACGAGUGGUGCUCCAGAUCUGAGAUGUUGUUUACUGCACCAGAAACUCCAGAUGUUAAAUUGUUGUAUUGAAAGAAAGAAAGCAAGGGAUGAGGGGAAAAAAGGAAAUAAUUCUGAUCGCUCUUCUGGAGACAUUGGAAAAUCAAGUGACUUGGUGGGUAAAGACUAUUUAAAAGAGGGUGAUAAGGAAAAAGGAGAAGUAGGAAAGUCUUGGGACUCCUGGAGUGAUAGUGAAGAAGAAUUUUUUGAAUGCCUAAGUGACACAGAGGAACUUAAAGGAAAUGGACAAGAAAGUGGGAAGAAAGGGGCUGCAAAAGAAGCAUUAAAGCCAGAAGGUCGUUUACAUCAGCAUGGCAACUUGACUUUGCUUCAUCCUGGAGACCCCCUCUAUGUUCCAGUAACACAGGAACCAGCUCCUAUGACUGAGGAUCUUCUGGAAGAACAGUCUGAAGUAUUGGCUAAACUGGGAACAUCAGCAGAAGGGGCUCAUCUUCGUGCACGCAUGCAGAGCGCCUGUUUGCUUUCUGAUAUGGAAUCUUUCAAGGCUGCCAACCCUGGUUGUUGUCUGGAGGAUUUUGUGAGAUGGUAUUCACCUCGGGAUUACAUUGAAGAGGAAAUUGUGGAUGAAAAGGGGGAUGUGGUCAUCAGGGGUGAACUGAGUGCUCGAAUGAAGAUUCCAAGUAAUAUGUGGGUUGAAGCGUGGGAGACGGCAAAGCCGAUUCCGGCAAGAAGGCAGAGACGGCUUUUUGAUGACACUCGUGAGGCAGAGAAGGUGCUGCACUAUUUAGCAGGUCAGAAACCAGCAGAUCUUGCAAGGCAUCUUCUGCCUUGUGUCAUCCAUGCAGCUGUACUCAAGGUAAAGGAAGAAGAAUCGGUGGAAGAUAUUUCUUCAGUAAAGAAGAUAAUUAAGCAGAUAAUCACCCACUCCAGUAAAGUCCUCCGGUUUCCAAACCCAGAAGACAAAAAAUUAGAAGAAAUUAUUAGUCAGAUUUUGAAUGUGGAAGCCACUAUUGCUCGGGCAAGGUCACUGAAAGCCAAAUUUGGGGUAGAGAAAUGUGAACAGGAAGAUGAACGCAAAGAUCUAGAAAAAUUUGUGAAUUCUUUUCUGGAACAGCCAGAAGUCUCAGUCAUUGGUGCUGGAAGAGGACAUGCUGGUACUAUAAUUCACAAGCUUUUUGUGAAUUCACAGCGGCUGACUGAAUCUUCUGAGGAGGUUGCCACAAUGAUGCCCCUUGACGACGAACUUAAGAGGUCUGGCUCUUUGGAUGAGAAACGUUUCAGUUCCGGAAUAGCUGGAGACUUCCCCCUGCCUGCAGGGCGUGAGGUUAUUUUGCGCACAACUGUCCCACGGCCUGCCCCUUACUCCAAACCUCUGCCUCAGCGCAUGUAUAGUGUUCUCACAAAAGAGGACUUCCGACUAGCUGGUGCCUUUUCAUCUGAUACAACGUUCUUCUGAUGUCACUGUGUAGCCUGCCGACAAUGCAUCUCUGCCGGUGGUUCAAAUGGUCAUUCCAUGUCCAGUACUCUAGAGCUGUGGAUAAUCCUUUCAUAAAUUUAGUAAUCAGUAAUAAAAUACUCACAGACUAGUCA